AUGGGGGCAAUCAGAACAACGUUUCCUUCCCUGCCCAUGUUGCACGAGGAGUACAGAGGCACUCAGUAUGCCGUGCCUAGAGACGAAGUGCUAGAGCCCGAGGACUAUGGCGUUCAACUCCAGGAGACCCUGGGCCAUUUUGGCUCCUACUUGUGGAGCUUCGUCGCUGGUGGUCGCCAGUGCUGCUCCAUGCGCGAUCGAAAUCGCAAGGAGGAUAUGGAGGCUGCAAGGCGCGCUGCCAUCACCGGCCGGCCACCCCCUCGUGGACGUCGAGGGGCUCAGAGAAGCUGCUGCUUUGACGCCCGUAGAAUCGUAGAAGGCAGCGACACAAACAUAGAGCUGCUGAAGCAUCCAAAAGUGCAAGCGUCGCUGCGAGUAGCCGGUGAGAAGGCACUCAAUGACCCGGGAGUGCAGAGCGCCCUGCUGACGGCAGCAAAGGAGAGCGGGGACGAGGUUCUGGCGAUUGUGCGCAACCAGGUGACAUCCUGGGCGCAAGAUCCUCAAGCGCAAGCCAGGGCGAAGGAGAUUGCCCGGCAAGCCGCCGUCGGGGCCGGGCAGGCAUUGGGCCAAGCCGGGCAGAUGUUGGCGGAUCAGAUUGCGCAGGGCCCGGCCGGACUCCGCUUCCUGGCCUUUGCAGCUGCCGGCACGUCCUUAGCGGUGUGCGUUCUGGAGUUUCUGAGUGUUGAAAGUGUCUUCACUGGGCCGGCAAGAUGGGUUAUUUCCGGCUUUCAGGGCAUCUUCGCUGUGACGACGAUGCUCUUUGAGAUGCCUGCAGACUGGGUUGCCAUGGUCCCAGGGGUCACCCACUACCAGGACGUGUAUCAUUAA